UGUGCGUCGCGAUCUAUGUUUGGCUGUUCGUUGAUGUCUGGUUGUGUGUAUUUCGCCUUUGUGUAAGGGCUACAGUAGUGGUCGCUGCUAUCAGCGCUACCCACCAGCCGCGAGUAAAAAGCAGCGAGUCGAACAGAGCGGUUCGGUUGGGCGAAGGGGCACCGUCGCGUCCGUGAAAGGCGCCCCACGUCACAACGUGCUCGCCCACACUGUUGUUGCGGCUUCUGCAGGCAGCUCCUCUUUUUAACAGCGACAAAAACUCGUGCCAUCGAUAUAGCAGUUUAAUAGUGUUUGUGUCAAUGUAUGAAAGGCUGAUAACUUAGACAACCUCGGCAAACGAGGAGUUUACUUUGUAAUUCUGGAGAGUUCGCUAACAGACGGCUAAUCUCUAUUUUACCAGUGGCAGCAAUAGCCGAUAGGCUGAGGCGAUUCAUUCAAUCAGUAUCGCGCCCGCAGUGAUCCCGCUUGCAUGUCACCAUCAGUCAGUCUGAGAGUAACAUCCAACAGUGAAUACGCCUUCGUUUAGAAGCUACUUUGUUCUGCUUAAAGCGUCGUCUGUUCGUCAAUUGAAGCCGCUCUUCUCUGGCCCGUAUUGACUCCGUCUACCGUAAUAUUGCUCACCUUGGCUGCUUAGUCGAUGUUGUUUCGUAGCAGGUAACGAGUAGGAACAGGUGUAUCACACGGUACUGCAGGACAAAAAAGAAAGAAAGAAAAAAAAGCAACGUUGUGUGUGUUGAUCAUGAACAGCUACAGAGGAAAAUUUGCUACCGACACCAAACGUUAUUUUCUGUCUGCUUGAUUAGACCGCACGAAGACAGCGUUGACCUGCCUUUCUACACUAUGAAAUGCUUCGUAGGCUGAAAAUUUCUUGCUAUCAGGAUUCUACACAAAUGGCGCAGGACUUUUAUGCACACAGCAACAGUUCUAUCAUUUGGAUUAAGUUUUUACGGAAAAAUGCAAGCUACUCCUACCCGUCAGUGAUGAAUCAGAGGUUGUUUUCUUGUUGAGUUCAUGUAACCGAUACGAUUGUUGGGUAAAUGUUUUGAUUUUUUGUAUGGCGAAAGCCUACAGUUGCGCGGUAGGACUCUUCCAUGCGCAGUCGAAUAACUCGAAACUCAAUCAUCAGUGCUUUCUCGUGACGAGCAAUUCAAGUUAAUGAAUAAAUCUAUAACAGUGAAAUUUUCUGUGGUGGAACAAUCUUAAUUGAAUUCAUCUUUGGACUACUCGUGUUCCUUGCAUUUGGAUACUUCGCAGAUAACUAACAUAAGCGACGGAUGGGACGAUGCGCAAAUGAAAUGUAUCACGACCGAGGGUGUAAUCGAUAACUCGUGAGGACGAGUAUAACACCUCAGUAGCGCCCAACUGCGUGCAGUUCGAGGCUGGCGAACGUCUUGUAACUUAAACUUAUAUUGCGCUACGAAAUCGCAAAUUGCUACGAAUUUUUCUCGACUGGUUUCAACGUAUGAGUUGAAACCCGAAACAAUUCGCGGCGCCAUGUCAAUAAUGCGGCGUCGGCCUCGUGGGAGCGUCGUGUGGAAGUUAGGGGGCGCAGCUGCUUUUUCAUGGUUGCUGCUUACGUUGUUUGCGUCCACGCGAAAAGAUCUUAUUCAAGAUGACAACUCUGUCUUUCAGCCACCUCAACCGGCGCUUAUGCAACACAAUCUACGGGCUGACAGCGAGAUGAAUGGUGCUAGUACGAGCGCUGGUCCCAUCGUUCCUGCAGUGAACGUCGCCCCCGACGUUUUACCUCCUUUGGCACGUCGUCGUAUGCGGAAACAAGGGGAUCCUGAGGAGCCGCGUACGACAAAGAUAAACGCUGACCAGGAAGAGGGUCAAGGGGUGAUAAAGUUUCCAGUCGAUCCUAAAGCACCAGGUGAAGGUGGAGUCGCUGUACAGAUGCCUGCGAACUUAAGCGGGGAAGCCAAACGGAGAUACGACAAUGGCUGGCAGAAUAACGCCUUUAAUCAGUUUGCAUCCGAUAUGAUCUCCCUGCACAGAAGUCUGCCUGACAUGCGUCAAGAAGGAUGCCGUUCACAGAGCUUUCAGAAAGAUUUGCCAGUGACAGCGGUAAUCAUUUGCUUCCACAAUGAAGCAUGGAGCGUACUAUUGAGAACUGUUCAUUCAGUAAUUGGCCGAUCACCUAAGCACUUACUCAAGGAGAUCAUACUUGUUGACGAUUUCUCGGACAUGCCCCACCUCAAGGAUCAGUUAAAAAGAUACGCAGACGAGCUGGGUAUUGUAAAGAUUAUUCGGGCCACUAAGCGGGAGGGCCUGAUUCGAGCCAGGUUACUCGGGGCGAAGGCUGCAACGGCUCCAGUUCUUACGUUCCUCGACUCGCAUUGCGAGUGCACGCAAGGAUGGCUUGAGCCGUUACUGCAACGAGUUGCUGAAGAUGAAACUAAUGUGGUAUGUCCUGUUAUCGACGUUAUCAAUGAUAAAACAUUCGAGUAUCACCAUCGGCCGGGCUUAUCGGUGAUCAAUGUCGGCGGCUUUGAUUGGAAUCUACAGUUUGACUGGCAUGCGGUCCCGCAGAGGGUAAAGGAUCAGUUAAAGAAUAAUUGGUCUCCAGUGCCUAGCCCAACAAUGGCUGGCGGACUCUUCACUAUUUCGAAAGCUUAUUUCGAAAAACUUGGUCUUUAUGAUAGCGGAUUUGACAUCUGGGGUGGAGAAAAUCUCGAGCUAUCAUUUAAGACGUGGAUGUGCGGGGGACGUCUAGAAAUCGUUCCGUGCUCGCACGUGGGCCACGUUUUUCGCAAAAGGUCCCCGUACAAAUGGCGGAAGGGUGUAAAUGUUCUUAAGAAGAACUCAAUACGUCUAGCCAAAGUUUGGAUGGACGACUAUGCUAAAUAUUACUUCGACAGAAUAGGACCCGACCUGAGUGACUAUGGUGAUAUUUCGGAACGCAUUGAACUGCGUAAGCAUCUGAACUGUAAAUCUUUCGAAUGGUAUGUAAAAAACAUCUACCCUGAGCUAUUUAUUCCGGGAGAAGCGGCGGCUACGGGCGAGAUCCGAAACCUCGCAUUCGGUUCAGAAUGGUGCAUGGAUAGCAAGGGGGCUGUUGAUAAGGUUGUUUCUGUAUACCGCUGUCACGGUCAGGGAGGAAACCAGUACUGGCUAUUUUCGAAAACCGGUGAAGUACGUCGAGACGAUCUUUGCCUUGACUACGCAGGAGGCGAUGUUACCCUUUAUCCUUGUCAUGGGUCAAAAGGCAAUCAAUAUUGGAGAUAUGAUAUAAAUGACAAAACUCUGAAGCACGGCAGUAGUCAAAAGUGUUUGGCUAUCAACGAGAUGAAGACAGGCCUCUCUAUGGAAACCUGCAACCCGUCUGUCGACCGGCAAUCAUGGAAAUUCGCGAACUUCAACAUUUCUAAACUCGAAGAUUCGUAAAGGACUAAAAUGUCUCUAGCUACAUCGUUCUCGAUCCUUGAGACACCCAGGACGUUUCAGAGUCUGUAUGCGGAGUCCGUUGCCUUUUAAGGACAUUGUCCACCGUUUAGCAGCUCAUCCGUUGCAACGAAGGCUGGAACGAAAGGACAUAGGCUGCGAACUUUUGUAGCCAAACUGAGUCAACGAAAUUGGCCUCAAGUCGAACCGUCGGUUGCAUCAGCACAGAAAUAGCCUGUUCUUGCUGUGUAUAUAUAUAUAUAUAUAUAUACAGUAGGCAAAAUACAUCACUAUUAUGAACGAUAACGCCCAUACAUCGGCAGUGCAAUGGUCGAAGGUGCUAGCACCAGGAAACCACCGAGUUGUUUGUUGACAUUGUUGUGAUACCAUCAUUUUUAGUGAAAAAAGCUAAGAGCUAGCGGCGUUUUGACUAGCAGUUUCACCAGUACUAGUAUAUAUAUAUAUCGAGAGAGAGAGAGAGAGAGAGAGAGAGAGAGAGAGAGAGAGAGAGG